GGCUCCUCCCGCGGCUCGGCGGGCAGCUCCCGGCGGCCGGCCCGGCUCCGUGCGCGGGGCUGCGGGGGCAGCGCCGCGGGGCCAUGGGCAACGGCACCGCCGGACCCCCGCCCGCCGGAGCCGGCCACAGCAUCGCCGCCCUGGUGCUCGGCAUCCUCCUCAUCCUCCUCAUCGUCGGCGGCAACGGGCUCGUCUGUCUGAGCGUCUGCACGGAGCGGGCGCUCAAGACCACCACCAACUACUUCAUCGUCAGCCUCGCCGUGGCCGACCUGCUGCUCGCCCUCCUCGUCCUGCCCCUCUACGUCUACUCCGAGUUCCAGGGAGGAGUGUGGUCCCUCAGCACGGUGCUGUGCGAUGCCCUGAUGACCAUGGACGUGAUGCUGUGCACAGCCUCCAUCUUCAACCUGUGUGCUAUCAGCGUGGAUCGGUUCAUCGCUGUUCAAAUCCCGCUCAACUACAACCGGCGACAGAUCGACCUACGGCAGCUGAUCCUUAUAUCCACCACCUGGAUAUUCGCCUUUGCUGUGGCUUCCCCAGUCAUAUUUGGUCUCAACAAUGUCCCAAACCGGGACCCCAGCUUGUGCCAAUUGGAGGAUGACAACUACAUCGUGUAUUCCUCCAUCUGCUCCUUCUUCAUCCCAUGCCCUGUCAUGCUGGUGCUGUACUGUGGCAUGUUCCAAGGACUCAAGCGCUGGGAAGAAGCCCGGAAGGCCAAGCUGAGAGGCUGCAUCUAUGGAGCCAACAGGAAGCUGUAUCACCCCCCAACCUUGAUGGAGAGAGAGCAGACCCGGCUGGGGCUGCUGGACUGCAGCAGCCCCUAUGCCCGUGCCGGCCUCCCUGGGGAGUGUGGGAUGAACAGUGGGAUCCAGACUGUGUCCUACCCACACCUCAGGUACCCGCACCCAGGGCACGGGCACAAGCGGGCCAAGAUCAACGGCCGGGAGCGCAAGGCCAUGCGGGUGCUGCCGGUCGUCGUCGGUGCUUUCCUCUUCUGCUGGACACCUUUUUUUGUGGUGCACAUUACCAGGGCUCUCUGCAAGUCCUGCUCCAUCCCCCCUCAAGUCACCAGCACUGUCACUUGGCUGGGCUACGUCAACAGUGCUCUCAACCCCAUCAUUUACACCGUGUUCAACGCCGAGUUCAGGAACUUCUUCCGCAAAGUCUUGCAUGUCUUCUGCUGAGCCCUCUGCACAGGAGGAACCACCGGGCAGGAGGAACCACUGGGUCAUUUUUUGUAUAGUUCAUUAAAGGUCUAUUUCUGC